GCCCCACGCGCAAUGCCGCCGCCGGCUUUAACUCGUAACACCUAGCGCUCCCUUAGCCGGUAACGAUUGAUUAUAUCGAAAAGAACAGCUGAUCGCGUACAUGUUACUAUUACUACGUGCAACAUGAAUGUGUAUGGUUAACGGUUGAGUGUGUGCGUUCGUAGCGUGGACAGAGGGAAGUUGGAAAGAUGAGGCUCUGUACAUAUUUGCUGCUGAGUUUCUUGGCAGUGCCAGCAUCCCCAGAGCCUCGUCGGCUGACCAUCUCGGAGCCGCAGCAUCAUGUGGAGUUCACCAACGACACCGGCGUCAUUCUAACGUGCUCUACUAGAGGCCAGUACGAGUUGGACUGGCUGCUCGUAGACAACACGCCGGUGACGUCACUGGCGGGGCUCCGCAGGGUGCUGGCCAACGGAUCCCUGGAGUUCCCGCCCUUCCCGGCUGACAGGUUCCGGCGAGAUAUCCACACUGCCACCUAUAGGUGUAGGUUAAGGCUGAACAGCGGCUUCGCUAUUUUAUCUAAGAACAUUCACGUACAUGCAAUACUAAACGUCCCAUGGGAGGUGCAUGUGUCAGAUGAAUACGUGAUGGCGGGAAACGCCGCCAUCUUGCGCUGCACCGUCCCGCCGCACUACAGCGAACGAGUGCAAGAAACCGAAUGGUUCGCUGAUGAUGAAACUAGCGUAUUUCCUUAUUUAGGUUCAAAUUACGAACGCCUCGAUGACGGCUCAUUGUACAUAAGCGCCGUGAGUCCAGAGGACCGGUAUACCGUGUUUCGGUGCCAAGUUCGAGAUAAAAUAACCAACAAUGUAUAUUCUAGUCAAUAUUUUGGUCACAUAAUAGUAACAGAGCCGAAAGGGGAGGUGCGGCCGCGAUUAGCUGUUGAGAUGCGGUCGCGGAGGGUGCAGGUGGGCCACGAUGUGCGGUUACCCUGCGCAGCACACGCUUGGCCAGUUCCUACAUACAGAUGGUUCCGUGAGCACCACGAACAACUAAUACCCAUAGAGAAGACAUCAGUGUAUCCACGAACUAGGAUACUGGGUGGGCUACUCCGCAUACAAUCCGUGCAGAGGGAAGACGCAGGACGCUUCAUAUGCUGGCUCAAUAACACUGCCGGCAGUGAUUCUGUCCAUAUUUCACUCAUUGUUACAGAACCAAUAUCCGUCCGAAUAAAACCAGAUUUACUACGACCGAAACUAAACGCUGACAUAAGCAUGGAAUGCAAGGUGUCCGGCCAUCCCAUUGAGGUUGUAUACUGGAUACACGACGGCAAAUCCGUGAAGGACACAGACAGAAUACGAAUCUCUGAAGAUAGAUUGAGAUUACAUAUCAAAAAUACGCAGGUUAUGGACCAGGGGAUUUAUCAGUGCUUCGCAAGUAGUACGAGAGAUCAAGCUUAUGGAAUCGCUCAGGUUUUAAUUGAAGUAUCAGACAACAAACGUGAUUCUGGCAACCGAUCCCGACGUGCGCCCUUCGCUCGAAGCACGCAUACACACGACGCUGACUGGAAUUUCACUGGCAAUAGAGAAUCAAAACCUGAGCUCGUGUACUGGUUUUCGGAACAGACUCUUCAACCUGGCCCAAGCGUAUCGCUGAAAUGCGUAGCAAUGGGACAUCCUCCACCGCAAUUCACAUGGACUCUAGAUGGGUUUCCUAUACCCACUAAUUCACGAUUUGUCGUCGGCCAGCACGUGACGCUGCAAGACGACGUCGUCAGUCACCUGAACAUAAGUCGCGUGACAGAACAAGAUGGCGGCGAGUACGCGUGUGUGGCCAGCAACACCGCGGGGAAAGCGAGCCACGCUGCCCGAGUUAAUGUAUACGGGCUGCCCUAUAUACGGGAAAUGCCCAAAGUUACAGCUGUCGCGGGCAGUGAUUUGAAUAUCAAAUGCCCGGUCGCUGGAUAUCCAAUUGAAGCUAUCACCUGGGAAAGAGAUGGUCAAAAUCUACCUCUAAACCGGCGUCAAAAAGUGUUUCCAAAUGGUACUCUGAUAGUGGAACAAACGCAGCGUGGUGAAGAUGCAGGAACCUACACCUGCCAGGCGACAAAUAGACAACGUCAUGUAGCAAGGCGAGAAGUAGAGGUGCAAAUAUUAGUGCAGCCGAAGAUAUUGCCGAUCCAGCCUUUGACGAAUCUGUUGCGAGAGGGUAUGAGGGCGGCGAUAUCGUGUCAGAUAUUGGAGGGGGAUUUGCCGAUCGCGUUUCGUUGGGAGAAGAACGGGCAGGCGGUGACGUCAUCGCCGUACGCGCCGAGCGGGAUCCUCACGCGGCGCAUGGACGAGUACAGCGCGUCGCUCGUCAUCGAGCACAUCACCUCGCUGCACAGCGGGAACUAUACGUGCAUAGCCUCUAACGUGGCUGGCUCGGAACGGUUUACUGUGCCUUUGACUGUUAAUGUUCCUCCUCGAUGGCGCUUGGAGCCAAACGAUAUAGCAGUAGCGGCUGGACAAGAUGUCACCUUACAGUGUCAAGCAGAUGGCUAUCCAAAACCCAUCAUCACGUGGAAAAAAGCCGUCGGAAAAACACCGGGCGAGUACAAGGACUUCAUGUUCGAAGGCAGUUCAAGGGUCCUAGAGAACGGGUCGCUUGUCUUCGAGCGAGUUGCCAAAGACAGCGAAGGGCAUUACUUGUGUGAGGCGAGGAAUGAUAUCGGCGCGGGACUGAGCAAAUUAAUAUUCCUGAAAGUUAAUGCCCCCGCUCGCUUUCCCGUAAAGAGCAAAACCGUGCAAGUAACAGCAGGGGAAGCUGCACAUCUACAAUGCGCUGCAUCUGGGGAUGCACCGCUCGAAGUCACGUGGAGAAGCCCUCAUCAUCACACCAUAGCACACCAUUUGGAUCAAAGGUACACAAUCCGCGAGCAAGUCCUGGACGACGGGCUAGUGUCAGAGCUCAGUAUCCUGCAAACAUACCGCCAGGAUACUGGCGCGCUCACCUGCCGCGCGUCCAACGCGUACGGACAGGACGAAAUGUUGAUACAUUUGCUUGUGCAAGAGGUUCCAGAAAUGCCAAAAAACAUAAGAAUAAUCGACCAACAAUCGAGGUCGAUACAAAUAUCUUGGACGCAACCCUACGCAGGCAAUAGCCCUAUCAUUAACUACAUUGUUCAGUACAAGGAAGCACCAGAACCUUGGCCAACCACCCCACAAAAGGUAAUCGUCCCCGGGAGUGUGACGUCAGCAAGCGUACAGAACCUACAACCAGCUACGUCUUACCAUUUGCGUAUUAUAGCAGAGAAUAGACUGGGGCAGAGUGAACCGAGUCAACUUGUGCAAGUCACUACUACUGAAGAAGUCCCCAGCGGCCCCCCGCUGGACGUGCGUGUGGAAGCGAAAAGUUCCACGGAACUAAUCGUCACUUGGGAUCCGCCGCAGAAGGAUUUAUGGAACGGAAACAUUCUGGGUUAUUAUGUGGGAUUUCAAGAGCUAAACAACAACAGUAGUGUACUCAGCGCUAGCGGUCCCGGCGGAGCUUCAUACACAGUACGCACGGUAGAAGGAACAGGAACUGCCCGAGCUAGAACUACACUCUCGGGGUUACAGAAACACACGCCAUAUGCUGUUGUAGUGCAGGCGUACAAUAGUAGAGGCGCUGGACCCGCUUCACCACCCACUACCGCUACUACUAAUGAGGAUGUGCCCAGUCUCCCCCCGGGCUCGCUACAAUGCACAGCGCUGAGCUCACAAUCCGUGCGAGUGAGUUGGGAGCCGCCGCCUGUUCGCGGGAGAAAUGGCGUUUUGCAAGGGUACAGAGUUACUUAUGCACCAGUUACUGAUUGGUAUGGUAGUGAAGAAGCAGUAACAAAGCAGAUAUCGGGCAUGCACACCACAUUAUCUGGUCUACGUCGCUACACAAACUACUCUGUGACUGUGUGCGCGUUCACAGCAGCGGGGGAUGGAGUUAGAGCUGCCCCUGUUUAUUGUCAUACUGAGGAAGAUGUUCCUUCUGCACCAGCUGAUAUCAAAGCGGUGGUAUCAUCGAGAAACAAGAUAUUGGUAUCGUGGCUUCCUCCGUCGAAUCCUAAUGGAGUUCUUGUGGGAUAUACGCUUUAUUUGAGCGUCAUUGAAGAUGGUAGAGAGGAGGGCACCCGCAAGCGCAUGCUGUCGCCCAGCACGCUGACGCACGAGACGUCCCGCUCGCCGGCGCGCGCCACGCACCAGUUCUGGGUGUCCGCCUCCACGCGCCUCGGGGAGGGCGACACCACACGGGUCGUCACUGUGCUGCCCUCGGAUUCUGUGCCAGCCAGAAUAACAUCAUUCAGCCGCAGUAUAGUGACCCCUUGGAAGGAAAAUAUCUCUUUAUCCUGCAAUAAAGUUGGCAUCCCAACUCCAACCACAACGUGGAGCAUGAACGGCGCUGUAUUGGAAUCUACGUUGCGAAAAAAUGUGACUAAUGAUGGAACUCUAAUUAUCAGUAUGACACAAUACGCAGACAGCGGCAACUAUACUUGCCUGGUAGAGAACCAACAUGGCCACGACGAGGUCACAUAUCUGGUGGAAGUGAAGGUUCCUCCCCAACCACCAGUGCUGGCUGUUGUGGACUCGUAUGCGGAUUCCCUGCAUCUGCAGUGGAGUGACCAUGGGGAUGGUGGAAGUCCUAUAUUGGGAUACGUAAUAAACUACAAACGCGAACACGGUGAUUGGGAGGAACUGCAAGUGGAAGCUGGUACUUCAGAACACGUGCUCCCAAACUUGUGGUGUGGGACCCGAUACCAGCUGUAUAUUACGGCUUUUAAUAGAAUUGGUACUGGGCUCCCUUGUGAUAUUGUUCAUGCGUAUACUAAGGGCACUGUGCCGGUGAAACCAAAGCACUCGCAAAUGAUAACACUCAACACUACAACGGUGACGGUUUGGCUCGACUCGUGGGGAGAUGGCGGAUGUGGGAUUCUUUACUUUGUGAUCGAGUAUAGGGAAGUUAGCCAGUCUCAGUGGCGUCUAGUAUCCAACAGCGUGCAAGCAACAGAGCGCGUGUUCAGCGUGAUGGGCCUGUCGCCCGCAACGCACUACCAACUACGCAUCACGGCACAUAACAACGCGGGCCAUGCGGUCGCGUUGUAUAACUUCACCACGCAUUCUUUGAGCGGCAUGCUAGAAGGCGAGAUAUCUCCCGCAGUACCAGCAGCGGGUGCACGGUCACUGGGCGGUGCACGAGUUUUGCUCCCUGCAGCUCUUUCGUUGUUAGUGCUGGCUGCUCUUGUAGCUAUUGUACUAUUGGUCAGGAGGAACAAGAGCGGCGCUGAGACUGCAGUCACAGAGAGUGGGGUCGGCGAGUCGCCUUCUGUCGCGCAGUUACAGAACAAGGUCAACCGCUCCAACGACCAUCAGUACCUUGCUGCAAGGGCUCACCAUCCGAACCCACCGCAUCAUUAUAAGCACGCGUCUAAUGAAUACAUUGAAGACAUUUGUCCCUACGCCACGUUCCAACUCACGAAGCCAAGCGCGUAUAGCGAGAGUAGCUACAGCGGCAAUGUUUACAGUGGCCCUUAUCAUUCAGUACGGGGCUCAUUUGUGUACCACGAUCUCAAACAAAACGAUAAAUAUAAGGGAAAAGAGCCAGAAUAUACGAAAGUAAGAAGAAAAGGAAAUAGACUGCGCGAUCCUCACUCUGAAAGUCAAGAGUCGGACAACUUGGGCUCGACGGACUCGGAGGUGAAGAAGAUACUAACGCUGCACCUGCCAAUUACAGAGUACGAGGACGACGCGAGCGACGACGCGAGCGCGCCGCACUCCGACAGCGAGCCCGCCGCGCGCCUGCGCCCCGCACACCCCACCACCUACCCGAGCGUGGAGCGCGAAGAGUCGUCCUCGUCGUCGGAGACGUCAGCGGGCGGAGUGGUGCGCAAGGCGUUCCCGUCGCGCAAGGGCAAGGCGGGCGUCGGCAAGCGGCACGUGCGCUCCUCCAGCGGGUACAGCAGCCACAACGACGAGACCACCUUCAGCAUAUCCAACUACCCGUCGUUCAACGAGCACAUCCACCCGCCGUCGCGUUUCUCGGACGACACGGAGGGCGACGCGCCGCGCGACCGCCGCAAGCGUCUCGCGCACCUCGCGCACCUCGCCCCCCGCGCGCCGCACACACCGCACCCCCCGCACCCACCGCACCCACCGCACCCACCACACGCGCACGACACCAAGGUCACGCGUGAAGCGUUCCAAAUCAACGUCUGAAUUGACGUAGAAGCGGUCUACGCGAACAAACUAGUUAAAGCCGUUCCGCGUUAUCUACAUAAUUCUACACACACAAACCACUAAGUUCAGACAUGGUAUAAAGAAUGAAGUACGCCAUCUCCCGGCAUAUGGAGUGCGCAGUACCUAAACCCGCAAAGCACAAGGUUGUCACUUGUCACAUUGAUAUUUUAAUGUAUAAACAAACACCGCUCGCAACAAUGGCGCCCCGUCCGAUUAGGGCCCUUCUGGCCUCCUCCACUCAAGCGACAGCUCAAGCCGAGGUUGGUGGUCCGCGUCAAGGGGGGACGCCCUUGUGCAUGUCGCUA